AUGCGGGCGCCCAACAUGGAGGUCACGAGCCAACGGCCAGUCGCGGACGAGCCGCGCUUGUUUGAUGGGAGAGGUGAGGCGAGAGGGAGGGGCAGGAGGGGCAUGCGGUGGGUUAUUUCAACGGGACGGGAUCCAUGGAGGGGUAAUAAUCCAGUUGCGAGCGCUGGCGAUGCCGAGAAUGGGGCGAUUCCAACAGCUCCUGCGGGCUCAAACUUGCAAUGCGAAAUGUCAUUGUCAUGCGGCGGACUGCGUUCCCGUCACGUCGUCACGUUGAGCCCAGGUGCUUGUGUGCUUUCGUCUCUGUGGCCGACGGGCCGUGGCUAA